UCUCCUGUCGACCAAGGUAGCAGCACUGGCACGUCCUCCUGAAAAGGGCUUUCCUCAGCGAAAUGGCCACAUUCCCGCCAAUUCGCUCUCAUCUACUACAGUAAGUCUAGGAACCGCGUAAUAACAGGCACGCCGGGGAAGACGCAGGCAACGUUGAUGCAAGGGCGCUUCUUCGCGAUUUCUUUUUUCUGCUUCUCAGGUCUAGAAGUGACGAGUUCGCUUGAGAGAAACGGAGCAGCCGCUAGCCUCGCGCUUUCGCUACGAUCUCCCUCGUCCAUGCCUCGAAUCGUUGGCAGUGCCGUUUCCGGCAGCAGCUAACGCGCUCCCGCUAUAAUCACCUCGUCCAUGAUUCAAGUCCCGUUAUCACCUCGUCCGUUAUCCGCCUCCUCGUGCCGUCGACGUUAUCCACAGCCUUGGUAGCAUCUCCCUCUCAAAUCCACCAGCCUGACUUAACGUAACCUUCCUGCCAUCGCCCUCAUCCACACCCUCAGUAGCGUUGUGAGCGGCCCGUGACGCGCGCGCGGGUGCCUCCCUUUCUCAAACCCGCCAGCCUGACGUGUAAGCCUCGUCCAUCGCCGGUACUCACGACAGCAUGAUGUCACUCCCGCCAGCUCGCUCCAGCGUCGGCGGCGGCGGGGGAAAGGUGGUACUGGUGGGGGUGCGACUGCACCAGCCGAACGCGAAUCUGCUGUGGAGCGGCAGCGGCGGCGGCGGCAGCAGCAACCGAGGCGGCAGCGCGGCAGUCUCGAAGGAGGGCCAGGCGCUCGUCGAAUUCGCGCUCUCGAGACUAGUGGUCCCGGGGGAUCGAAUUAUCGCCAUGGCUGUCAGAAUUGUCCGCGCCCCGCACUCCUCAGGGUCUCGUAAGGCCCGGUUCAACUCGGAGCAGGAUGCGGAGGAGGAGGAGGAGAUGAGCCAGAAGAUGCUGGCCGCGCUGCACCCCAAGAUCGA